CGCUGAUGCCUUCCUUAGCUUCUUCUCUGCGUCGGCCAUCAUGGAGCCCUGGUCUUCUCCUCUAACUCCGGUGGUCGACUCUCCGUUCUUCUCGGUUGUCCCUGUAUCUCUAACUCCCACAAUGUAAGUUCUCUUUGAUAAAUAUCCUAGGUUCACCUCUCCAGUAGCAAGCCCCAUCGUCUAGAUUUUUUUCUAUUUGCCCAGCCAUCUCCUAUCUGUGCACGUACUCAAGAAGUUCACUCACGUCAGCUGAUCCUUAUCAUCCUGUGAGCGUGCAUGGGAAGCCUCACUCUGUAUAUUAUUCUACCAGCCAUCCUCAUCUCUUCCUCACUAGAGCACAUUAUUCUCUGGAAUAUCUCACCACGCCAGCUCCUGGGACGCGCGUCCAUCUACUGCGCUCGGUUCCCUGGAAAAUCUUCACCACUCGGCCUCUCUGUCACGUAUUCCUUCAGCCUGGGAUUUUUCCUGACAUCGUUCUCAUCCGCGCGGGUGGGGUGGGAACAAAAUUUGCCGCCGUUCAGGGAAAAAUCUCGCCACCGCCCCCUGUUCUUUUUAUAUGCGCACACACGGUGGUCUUCCUGCUCGCCUGGCUGCGCGUCCAGGAGCUCCCAUCGUGGCGCAGCUUCUUCCCAAGCCGCGCUCCACCUCCGAUGGCGCUUGGCCGCCCAGCUCUCCCGCUGUCCGCCCGCCUGGCGCCCAGACCAUGGCCGCGGCUCUCCUCCAGCUCGCCCUCAAGCCCCAGCCCGGAUCUUCCCGUUCCUGGCCGCGCCCCUGGUCCCUGCCAUGGCGGCCGUUCCCUGGUCGGAGUGGAUCCUCAGCUCGGAGGCUUCCUCGAGCUCGACCGCCCACCUCCCUGCUCGGUCCCUGCUCCAGCGCCUGUUCCAGCUCCAGUACGCCGAGUUCCUCGCUGUCUGCGCCAUGGAGCUCGCACCGACGACCGUCAGUUGGUCCUCCUCUAGCCGCGCGUGGUGCGCGCUCUCCCUGGCUCAUGUGCCCAACGCCGUCGGCUCUAGUCUCUCGCUCGGGGUGGUUCCGUCGUCUUCCUCAGGCUCGACACGCCGGUCCGACAGCCGCCAUCCCCUGCUUGGUCAUGGUACCUAGCCGUCGCGCCCCUGGCUCGGCUCUGCUCGCCCCUGUGCUGUCGCUCAGCUCGCUGUGGAGCUUGUCCACCAUGGUACUCUGCAUUCUGCUGCGCUCCAGACCAUCGGAUCCUGCGCUCACCCCGGCCGCGACCUCGUCGUCGUUCCUCAGCUCGCGGGUGCCGUUGUUUCGUGUGCUUGGCCAUCAGCGUUCAACGGCCGUCACGACAUCCCCAGUCUAUCGCGUCAUGCUCCGGUCGUCGAUCGGCUGACCGUCGUCGUCGUGUUCUCUGCUUCCCUCGUCGGUCAACCUCGCCGCGGCUAAGUCCAUCCGCCGUGCUAUGUGCUGUGGUCUCUGGUCGAGGGACAUCAAUACUCUAUGUCCCUUGCUCACCUCCCUGGUCGUGCUCGCCGGGACACUAUUCUCUAGCCAACUACCGUCGGUGGAAGCCCUGCCAUCGAUAUCGCAUGAUAUUGGUUGUCUUCUUCGACCA